AUGUUUAACGAUCAAAAAGUUUUAGUCGAUAUUUAUAUACCCAGGAAAUGUUCAGCUACAUCACGACUUAUUCCAGCCAAGGAACAUGGAGCUGUACAAAUAAACGUUGGAAUGGUUGAUGCUAAUGGAGUUUACAAUGGCAAAACUGAAACCUUUGCUAUCUCUGGUCAUGUCAGACAAAAUGGAGAAUCAGAUGCUUGCUUAAAUAGACUUAUGUAUGAAAAGAAAUUAUUAUCCUUUCAAAACUAA